UCUCUUCAAUUCGUCCUUCUCCGGUCUACACACAGUUAACAGUGCAAUGUUUUAACGUGACAUUUCGCCGAGUGUUAGGACCAUUGAAUGAGUCUAUGUAGAUCCGUGUGUAGUCCUGGGAGCUUGCUUGCCCUGUAUAUAUUUUCUAAGCACCGUUCACCAACCUUCAUCCGACUGUGUAGCCUAUGUGUGCAAUGUUUCCAUUUUCUGGCUAAUUUUGGGAUUUGACGACAUCACCCCCAAGUCUUGGUUAAAAUAAAAUGUAUACGAAACUUUGAGAUGUGUUGAUUGUUUCAGAUUCAGUGCAACACACGGGGGAAUAAAGAUACAACAUAACAACAACAAGGACUAGGAUGUGUUGCUGGUGCAGAGCAAAGAUUCUACUCUACAAUAAAUAGUUGCUUUCUACACAAGUUCACCUUCUUGUUCACAUGCAGCCCAUUGAAUCCACAUCGGCUUACAUCGACGAAAUGAUGGGAGAUGACAGAUAUCACGAAUGUGACGAUAAGGAGCAAGAUGUGAACAUCGACGACAUUUCCGACUCGGAAGAGGACACCCCCGAGACACAAAGUAGGCUUCAAGACAAUGACAAAGAAUGUACAACGCGUUCUAGAUCACCGCUAGUAGAACGCCAGUCAUCAAAGAGUGGAACUGGUAAAAAUCGAAAUAGUGACAGCUUUGCUGAGAUUUCUUCAGGGUCUGAUGCUGCCAGAAACCUCCUUCAGGGGCACGUUGUGAGUGAAAGGCCACUGGUGAAAGACUAUGACGAAGAGAGGAAACUAUCCCUGGAAAGAGAACGGUACGAGCAGGCGAUGAAAGAUCGCGAGGAUGCCUUACGUUCCCAGGAGCAGCAGCAGCACCAGGCGUUGAUGGAUCUGUUCUACAGACGCCACUACGAGCACCUGUUCUUUCUCAGUCGGCAAAAUUCGUCGUCUUCGAUGUCUCCGCCUUCAGUAUUGUCGCCCAUUUCGCCAAGAGCGCCGGAAAUCCCUGGCUUCCCGUCGGGACUAGUUCCGGAAAGACAUCCCGUCAAAGGGGAGCGUCAACAGACUCACGAAUCACAAAGUACCGGAAGUUACAUCGGGGGAAUGAACGGUACGGGCGGAUGCUCAAGUCAGGUGACAUAUGAGGAGGCGUUGAGGCUUGUGAGGCCUUAUCCCUUGACUUUUCAAGCGCCUCCUAACCCCUAUCAAAUUUCGUCUCAAACAUCCCCAAAACGUCUUCAGGAAACGGCGCCAACCUACAUUCCCAACAUGUCGCUGACAGCUCGAUCUUCGUCCACUUCACCAAAUUCUCCGUCUCCGCCCCUGAGCAAACAGAGGCCACUGACUCCUGCCAAUGACACAUCUCACUUCAGUAGUUCUUCCUACCACGAACGAUCGUCUAAGAGCAGGAGUGUGAUGACCCCUGAGAAAUUGGGUCAGGACAAAGAGGAGGACAUGUCCUACGUCUCGUCCAAUAGCGGCUCCCCGCCAGGGUCCCCUACCCACGACCACAGAGAUUCCCCAACAGACUACAACAGCCAAGUCAGACGUUACAGGACAGCAUUCAGCAAAGAGCAAAUAGCCAGGCUGGAGAAAGAGUUCGCCAAAGAGAAUUACAUUUCCCGUCCCAAGAGAUGCGAACUGGCGGCCUCCAUGAACUUACCGGAGAGCACUAUCAAGGUUUGGUUUCAAAAUCGUCGAAUGAAAGAUAAACGGCAAAGGAUGGCGAUUGCUUGGCCCUACGGCAUUCCACCAGACCCGCACCUGUACGCCUAUCUCGCUGCCGCCGCUGCUUCCUAUCCCUACGGUCUCCCUGGCUCGUCUGCUCUUCCAGCACACCCAGUGGGACUCCCUGGAUUCUCUCCGAGUCAGCCCCCGUCUUUCCAGCAUCAGCCCAGAGUGCCCUCCGCCUUUCAUCCGACGGUGCUCAGCAUGUCGCCCACUUCGCUCUUGAAACACGAGCAACAGAAGCAGGAGCUCCUUCGACAAGAGCUGAUGAGCAGCUUCACGGCCCAGCACAAACAGUCUCAGAGAUUGGCCGGUGGAUCUCCGGGGAUGACGCCGCCUUUCGCCGCCCCGCCAUUUCCCCUGGGUCUCCAUGGACAGAGUCUAAGACCCCCGCUGCCUUUCAGUGACAAAUCGUUCCUGUCGAACAUUUCCGGCGGCGACAACGCCUGCUACUGCCCCGCCAUUCCAGGGUUGCAUCCCAUUUCAGCGCACUUAGACACACCCUUGACUUCGCACGAUCGCUCCCUUUGUAAAGCAGAGCUAAAGAUUGGCUGAAUUCGAAUCAUUUUUCUAUUGAUGGAGUUUCUUCACAUAUUGCUCGACUAACCUCGACUGCUUGCAGAUUGACAAUGUCCACAUAAGCCCACAGAUCGCAUAAGCCCACAGGUCAUACAAGUCAAGAGGUCAUAUAAGCCAAGAGGUCAUAUAAGCCCAGAAAUAUGUCAAAAAGACAAAACAAAACAAAAAACUUUAAGUGGCCUGAAUUUCUGAACACGUUACAAAACAAAUGCAUACAUUUUUGUCUAUCAAAUAUGCACUAAAGGUUGUAUAUACAUUAUAUAUAAAAAAGAAAGAGGCCAACAGUCGAAUUUCAUUAUCAAUUGUACAGCAGACUAGCCUUGUUUAAAUAAAUAAAGUGCCAAGAAGGGUUAUGCCAGAAAAACAUUGUUAUUUCGUGUAUGAAUGUGUUAACUAUGUGUACAGAGAAGUUAGUAAUACUCGCUGGUUGUUUUGAAACUGCCUCGAUUUGUAAAUAAUAUAUUCUUAACCUUUCUCUAAAUCACUGAAUCUCUAAUUCAAUCUCUAGUACAUUCACUAGUUCAUAAGUUCAACUUAUGAAAGCAAUACAAUUAUUUUAACAUGCAAUUAAUAAACAAAAGCGACAUUAAAAAAAAAAUACCCGAAACUAGUCUGUGAAAGGUCUAAUUCGUCAUUUCUAUGGGUCUAGAACUUAUCUCUACGGGGAUGGAAACCCAUUUCUUAGGAACUCAUUUUUAUUUAUUGAAAGCGCUGGUUGAAAACCAUCACCCUUGUCACAAUGUGAGAAAUGUAAAGCACUGUGUCUUCAGUGAAACAGUGCGUCAUAAAUGUGCAAUAGAUGGGCUUUGCUCUCCUAAACUUAUGCAAACUAUUGAGAUUCUCAGUAGCUGUAGUUUAUAAUUAAUCUUUUCUAGUCCUAGUUCAAAAAAAAAAAAAAAAAAAAAAGAAUAAAUUCUAAUGAUGAUAUCAUGAAGAAUUUAAAAGGAUGAUUAUUCAUGAUUAAUUAGCUAAACGAAAAAAAAAAUCAUUUUAAAAAUGUUUAAUAUCUCUACAAAUGAUUGACUUUUACUUAUUGAGUACCUAAGAUGUCCAUCUAGGGAACACAAGCGCUUAGAAAGCAAAGACGUAAUUUGUUUCUAUUAAUGAGAGAGCUGCGAGGCCAACGCAAUGACCAACUGCCUGAAAUCUUGUCACAAGUAAAAAUAAAAAAAUAUACGUAGCCUAAUAACGUUUUCUCUUUGUUAAAUUUGAAAUCUUGUUGAAAAGGUCACCACCUUGUUUCGGAAGGUCAGGACCUACAUUAUCUUCUACUUGCUACAUUAGAUAGUAGACCUCAUCCCAUAGUUAACUUCAUU